AUGAAGACCCCAUUCAUCUUCACCCAUUUCUUCCGUAGUCAUGGAGACUUUCGGUUUGGGCUGGCGUCAAGCUUUGCCUUGUCGUUGAUCUCCAAAGCCCUGGAUAUCCCUGAUGUUGUCGAAGCACCCGGGGCUGCGCAGGUGCUAGCUAAUAUAAAUGCCUUGAUGGCAAUCCCAUCCAGUAAAUGCACGCUGCAGCAACUGUUGGCGAUCCUGGAUCAGCUUUUGCAUCUGCUCCCGGCUGUCACUAUACUUGUUGAUGCUUUGGACGAGUGCCGGGAUAUUGAACCGCCAGGCGACGAUGCUCUUUCCAGCUUUCUGCGUCGCUCUGGCACACGCAAGGACUACCGGGUUAUCCUGUUCUCCACUAACCAUCAUUUUGACCUGGCCAGUGCAGCUGGUACGGACCACGCAAUCGCGAUGGAUGAGAAAGCCAUCGCCGGCGACAUCCGCCUGUAUCUGGAGAGUGAGAUUGACAGAGCUGGACUCGGGGACCUGCGAGACAAUAUCUUGCAAAAGGGCUUAGAAGAGAGCAGAGGUAUGUUUCUAUGGGUCGUUCUAAUGAUGAAGCACGUUAGAGCCGCGUGCAAUCUGAAAAAGUGUCGGGAGUCACUGGACGAGUUACCCCCAGGGCUAUUCCAGAUUUUCGACACGUCUCUUAGGAAGACUGCAGAGAGCUUGAGCCAGGAAGACCAUGAGUUGCGGUAUAAUGUCCUGCUCCUCCUGGUUGGGGCCCAUGAGAACCUCACGGCGGCCGAGAUUUCGACGGCCAUGGCCUUCUCCCCAGACACGCAUGAGCUCGACAGUGAAUUGAAACUGAUUAACGCGGAGACCCGAAUUGCGAGGGUGUGUCGCCCUUUUGUCGAGCUUACUCCUGACCGACGUAUUCAGUUCAUCCACAGCACAGUCAAGGAGUUCUUUCUCGGGGAGCAGGGCCGCUCUUCGCAGUGGCAGAGGAACGAUAGUGCCUUGCACUUAUCCUUGCAAGAUUGCCAUGAAUCGCUGGCACGUAGGACGUUGGCAUCGUUGACUCAGAGUGUGUAUCAAACCUGGCAGCAUUCCGCCAGACUCCUCCAACAGCAUCUGAUGCCGGGGGAAGACCUGGGUACAGGACUGGGGGAACCUACUACUAUCAGCCAGCACAAUGACUUUUACAAUUACUCUUGCCGCCACUGGCAGGAUCAUCUUACCAUGCUGGCAGAACCGGAUCAAAUCAUUCUUGAUUUAUUCCGCAAAUUCCUCCAGCAAAAUGGCUUCGUCGCUUGGUCCGAGGCGAUAGUUGAUCUGGCAAAUUUGAGUGCCCCUUCUGCUCAGGUUUCUGUGCGAGCGGCGCUUCAACAGUGGCAUUCAGUAACCCUGAAUCCCGGGCUGAGACCGAAGGCUCCCUUGGAUGGUUACUUCUUGGACGCGCAUCAGGCAUUGAGAGACGAGCUUGCCGAACAGGCGCAAAGCGCGGUAUUGCCUUACCUCCCUUUGGCUCGCCUCGGCGAAUUCUACAACGUAGGAGGAGAGACGGUUGAGGAAUGGGAACUUGGAUAUAGUUUCAAGAAAGAGGUGGUCAGUGGCUACGAAGCUACUUUAGGCAAACGCAAUCGGUUCACCCUCAACGCUAGAACGAGCUUGUACCAGGAGUAUCUCUGGAAGAUGCGAAUGGACGAGGCUAGGGAAGGGCUGGCUGAGGUUGCAAAGCUGCAGCUUGAGUCUGUAGGAACCGAGGUGCCGGACUAUUACACUACUCUUUUCUAUCUGGGAGCUGUGGAAUUCCAUCUUACCAUGUUCGAGGAUGCCCGUCAAACGUUGGGGACUUCUGCGGAUGGUCUAAAGCGGCUUCUCGGAGACGUCAACUCCAAGGCAAUCCAGGCAGAGCUUUUUAUUGGAUAUGCACUGGAGGCAGAAGGCCGCUUGAGUCUGGCAGCCGCUCUCUAUGAGGAGAUAUGGAACAAAUGGACGGGCAUUGCUGGUGGGGCCAGCGGAAUCAGCCUGAUGAUACAAACCGCCCAAGGCUCAUGCUGCAGAAAGAUGGGCUACUUGGAUACUGCCAGGGACCUACUUUACCAUUCCUGGACAGAGAGAAAGCACCUGUUCACGGUCGAAAAUAACGUCACUGUGGAUUCAGGUAUUCAACUGGCCAUACUGUGGCGGGACUUGGAAGACAGCCAAAGAGCAACGAACAUCCUGGCCGAAGUAGUGAAUUCCAGCAUCUUUCCAGCAGACUUCGAACGGUCGUGCCAGGUCGAACAUCUUCGUGCUCUGAUAGACUUCGACAGCGGUCGAUACAGGGACGGUGAGAACCGCCUGCGCCGUUGCUUGGAACAGGCAGAUAAUGGACACCAUGGUGUCCAUAAUAGAGAGCUUCUGUGGAUCCGGAUCACCCUCGCAGACACCCUUCGGCGUCAUGGAGAAGGCGAUGACGCUUUGAUGCUUUUCGCUAAUCUAGUGACGCGAUUGUCGUUGGCGGAUGAGCUUGUCGAUGAGCCUGAACCGCGCCACCAGUUAGAAACUGCAGAGGAAGCUCUCCGAUACUUAAAGUCCUAUAAUCAGGCCGCAGCAGCAGAGCUUCUCCAGCGCCAUCAGCUCAAAUGGAAGCGAACAAGAGAUUUCUGGGUUCUUCAAGGCGGCCCUAUAUCCGAUACCGCCUGGAUGGCUCCCCCUCGGGACGGUCCAGAUUAG